AUGCCCAGAAUUAUCCAAGGAAACAUACCCUACACUGGAGGCAACAUGUCCUACACUGAAGGGAACAUUCCCUACACUGGAGGCAACAUUCCCUACACUGGAGGCAACAUGUCCCACACUGAAGGGAACAUGACCUUCACUGAAGGGGGGGACUUGCCCAACAUUGAAGGGAACCUGCCCUUCACUGAAUGGAACAUUCCUUACAUUGAAGGGAACAUGCCCUUCACUAAGGGGAACAUGCCCUAUAUCAUAGGGAACAUACCCUACACUGAAGGGAACAUUUACUACAUUGAAGGGAACAUACCCUACAUUAAAGGAAACAUGUCCUACACUGAAGGGAACAUUCCCUACAUUGAAGGGAACAUGCCCUACCCUGAAGGGAACAGUACACAAUACAAUGGCAUUCUACACAUCUGAGCUUCAUUUAAACAUCAGAAUUAACUUAAUUCAAUAAUACAAAGAAGUCUGCUGCAUCAUAAAUUGAUGAGACUCGUUGCUGCAGUACCCAAGAUCCGUGUCAAGUCGAGAAAAAUCUCUAGAUGUAGCCAUACUGCAUUCCAUCCUCAGAGACUGAAAGACCAGGUAUGUGCUCAUGAGUAUGCAGUGACAGUCCCCAAUCGGAUCAAUGUGCUUAGCACCCUUGAGGACCUUGUAGAAUUGUGGGAUACCUUUUAAACAUGAUACUUCAAGCUGCAAAGGAGUUCACUGGAGAGUGUCUGAGAUCAAUUAGUGGUUGAUGCCUUAGGUAAUAAGUGCCAAUACAGAAUUAUAGGAUAUUGCUGGAAUGAUUCUGUGUCAAAUCAGCAAUUACUUCAUGAGACAGAUUUGAGACUUAUUACCUGCAUAGUCUGUGAAUGUCAGCUCCAGGUAUAUGGGCAUGUGGCACACUACCCAGAAGCCAACCAAGUUCACCAGGUUGUUGCUGUCAAAGACAAUUCUGAGUGGAGAAGGCCAAGGGGACACUCACAGAGUUAGUGGCUUGAGCAGGUUGACAGAUUCUGCCAUGAGGUACUGAGGAUGAGAAGGGGGCCUGCAUAGAGACUUGACUUGCCAGGAGGAACCCCCAGGCUUGGCAUUGUAAGGUGGGCAUAGCGAUGUGCCCCCCUGGCGUAUGUCCCCAUUGAUUUAGUGAUUCGUUGCAUCAGAAGUGAGGCUAAGAAUACAAUUAAUUAGAAGCAUAAGACUUUGAGUGUUUACCAGCUUGACAGAACAAGGAACAAGUCUCAAGGUUAAGAAACAACUAUCUGCUUUUUCCUUAAGGGCAGAAUUGCUUAGUAACAAUGUAUUCUCACUUCUCCACCUUUCCCACAAAGGUGACUAUCAAUUAUUAAUU